CAUUUAUUUGCCGCACGCCGAGGCGUUCACAACGUUCAAAAGCUGCGCGCUCAAGCUAAAAACUAAAAAUACAGAAGCAUCGGCAAAGCAGUGCGAGAAAACGCGAAAAGUGCAUCUAAGACAUUCGCUGUAAAAUUUCAAUGAUCCAACUAUAAACGUGAUAGAACGUGUGCCUAGCAUUACGCAUAAAUUAAUUUCCACAAUCUAAUGAAGUAAACAUCUUUCGCUUGAAGGACACCGUGGCAAUAAAUUGUACAAUCGGCAAAUAUAAUUAAGGAAAAUCACUAAUCAACAAAGCCAACCGGCAGCUGCAGUCAUAGCCAUUUAAAAAUGUCGCCGUUGCUUCCACUGGCAUCGCUAAUCAUCUUGGCCAAUUUGGUGGCAUCUCGACCCUAUUCCUAUGGUCCACGGGCAGAAGCGCCUCCCACGAGAUUGGCCAACCGGAUUGUGGUGCAGUCACCCUCGCUGGACAACUUGUAUAUGGACUACGUGGUCACAUCGAAGCCGCUGAAUCUGCGCAAGUACAACAAGAACGGCAGUAAGACGAAAAAAACGAAAAAGGAUUCGAAAAUAUAUUACAUACCCGUACCCCCACUGCCCUUCCGCCACAUACCUGGCAUCGGCUUGGAUUAUCAGCCGAUGAAAAUCAAUCCCAUCCUUCACGAGUCGGAGAGCACAACGAGAAAGACCACAACGGUUCGCCCACCGACGACGACGACAUCUAGCCCCAAUCUGGAUCAUCGGAAUCCGAGCAAAGUACUUCGAGUGCAACACCUCAAGGAUUACUACUUCAAUGGGCGCCCACAUCGACUGCAGGUUGCCCAUGCUGAUAAAAAGUCCGGUCUGACGGCCCUUAACCUGAAGUCCAACUUUUAUUAUAACAAAAACAUUAUUUAUUAGUACUGUUAGUUAGAAAAUAAUAAAAACAAAAGAAAAACUCUAC